AUGUAUUUUGCAAACCAACAAGAAUCAAUGGUGACGUUUCAUCUGUUCUUGCUGUUGUGUAGCUGGGAAGCGGCGUCUGGACAGCUUUCAUAUUCCGUUUUGGAGGAGGCAAGCUCUGGGACCUUUGUGGGCAAUAUCGCCAAAGAUUUAAAUCUAAAUGUACUGGAAUUGGAGUCACGUUCGUUUCAGAUUGUUGCUGGUUCUCAGAAGAAAUAUUUCGAAGUGAAUUUUAAAACGGGAAUUUUGUAUGUGAAUGAGAGAAUCGACAGAGAUGAGCUUUGUUCGAGCGCGAUCAAAUGUGUGAUUAGUGUUGAAGCUCUUAUUAAUAAUCCUUUGAGAGUUUAUCGUGUGGAAAUUAAUAUUGUGGAUAUCAACGAUAAUGCUCCCUCUUUUCGGGCAACGUCUCAACAUAUAAAUGUAACCGAAAACACGCUCUCUGGAGUUAGAUUUCUUUUACCUAGGGCGUAUGAUGCGGAUGUAGGGAAAAAUGCUGUAAACACGUAUAAGCUGAGUCCGAAUGAGCACUUCUCUUUGGCUUUGCACAAAGGAGAGAAUGUAAAUGCUGAGUUAGUGCUGCAGAAAGCGUUAGACCGAGAAAAAGAGUCUGUGAUUCAGCUCCUACUGACUGCUGUGGACGGAGGAAAUCCGCCGAGAUCUGGCACCAUGGAAAUUAUUGUCAAUGUCUUAGACAUUAAUGACAACACUCCUGUUUUCAGCAGCCCUUUAUAUAAAGUUCGUGUUUUUGAAAAUACACCACCAGGAACCUCAAUAAUAACUCUUAAUGCAACUGAUUUAGAUGCUGGUGCAAAUGGUGAAAUUGUUUAUUCAUUCAGUAAGCUUGAGCAGCACAGUAUUCUCGAUAUGUUUUCAAUUGAUCCCCAGACCGGAACAGUAGCAGUAAAUGGAAUAAUUGAUUUCGAAGAAAACAGUGCUUUCGAGAUUCAUGCGCAAGCUAAUGACAGAGCACAGUCUCCCAUGUCUGCUCAUUCUAAAUUGUUGAUUGAAGUGGUGGAUAUUAACGAUAAUGCUCCUCAAAUAACUGUGACGUCACUUUUAAACGUCGUGAAAGAAGACGCAAAGGUAGGCACUGCUAUUGCUCUUGUUUCCGUUAUUGACAGAGAUAGUGGUAAAAACGGCGUCGUGAAUUGUUAUAUCUUGAAGGAGCUUCCGUUUAAACUGCAAACAAACUACAAGAAUUAUUACUCUUUAGUGGUUGACGGGCCGUUGGACAGAGAGAUCAUAUCUCAGUACAAUGUUUCAAUCACAGCCACAGAUGAAGGGACUCCGCCUCUCUCCAGCACCAGCGUUAUUACGGUGCAUGUUUCUGACGUGAACGACAACGCGCCUCACUUUCCCGAGCCCUCGAUUAACGUGUAUGUUAAAGAAAACAGUGCAGUCGGUUCUAUAAUCCACACAGUUUCUGCAUUUGAUACAGAUUCCAAACAAAAUGCAAAAAUUUCGUAUUCCUUACUGUGGAUUUCCGCCAAAGGCGAGUUGCCAUCAUCAGCGAUCAACGUGAAUUCUGUCAGUGGGGAAAUAUACAGCCUACAGAGCUUUAACUACGAGGAAGUAAAAACAUUUCAGUUUCAAGUUCAGGCUACAGACUCUGGUGUUCCUCCACUUAACAGCAACGUGACAGUGAACGUUUUUAUUCUGGAUGAGAAUGACAACAGUCCUGCUGUUCUCCAGCCCUAUUCUGGCCAGGGCGCCGUUAAUACUGAGAACAUUCCCUAUUCUGCUGAAGCGGGCUACUUUGUGGCCAAGAUCAGGGCUGUAGACGCAGACUCUGGUUACAAUGCGCUGCUUUCUUAUCACAUCACUGAACCCAAGGGAAGCAGCCUCUUCCGAAUCGGAAGCAGCAGCGGGGAAAUAAGGACUAAGAGGCGAAUGAGUGAUAAUGACUUGAAGACUCAUCCAUUGGUGAUUUUGAUUUCUGACCACGGAGAACCUUCCCUCUCAGCGACUGUAUCUAUUGACGUUGUGGUUGUUGAAGAUGGUAGUGAUGUAGGCCUACAGACAUCAUUCAAACAGCUACCUGCCAAGGAGGAGAGGUUCUCUGAUUUAAAUCUCUAUUUACUGAUCGCCAUUGUUUCGGUGUCAGUUAUAUUUUUGCUGAGCCUCAUUAGUUUAAUCGCUGUAAAGUGCCACAGGACUGAUGGCGGGUUGAGCAAGUACAGCGCUCCAAUGAUCACCACACACCCUGACGGGAGCUGGUCUUACUCCAAAUCCACUCAGCAGUAUGACGUGUGUUUUAGCUCAGACACACUGAAGAGUGACGUUGUGGUUUUCCCUACGCCAUUUCCGCCUGCAGACGCAGAACUGAUUAGCAUUAAUGGAACUGACACUUUUAACCGGAACAAAACUCUUCCCAACAGCGAGAAGGUAAGCUACUAUAUGAAGCGUUUUGCUGUUAAUGUUUGCAUUAACUGUCCCGACUGA